UUUUCACGGUGCUUAGAGCAUUUCACUACUGUAAAGUAACAACAUUGACUACAAGCAAUAGACAUUUUCAAAGUUGAGAGCAUUGUUAUACUGAUAUCAGCAAUGACGGAUAGUAAAGCAGCAGACCAGUCAUUCGGUGAAAAGAUCACUGCUUGCUUUAAAGAUAUCUUCAAAAGCUGCUAUAAUUUGGACAAGAAUGACAAGAUAGACUACGGAGAGCAAAAAAGCGCCAAGCUCGAGCUAAUCCAAGUUCCUACAGAGAAAGUACAGGAUACAAAAGGAGAUCAACCAGAGAAACCACACCCGACUUCACCAACAGCGUACACAGGAGAUCACACGACAAACAGUGGCGGUCAUAUGACUGAGAAACCUGAGUACUACCCACCAAGAAAAAGAAGCAUCCACAUACGACGUGAUGUACCAUCUACUGACAGUUUCGAUUUUUCAGAAGAAGAUACUGAUUAUUGGAAACAAGCAAGAGAAGUGAUGAAGACACACCCUCCCAAGUCAUCACUGCAGCGACAGAACAGCAAUCGAAGAAACUCGAAACUGGUUCGUUUUGGAUCAGUGGUGAGGAAGUUUGAUAAACUGGAAGAGUUCCUCCAAGAAACAGCGGAAGUAGAUGAAGGCGAAGAGUACUACGAUGAAGGCAGUUUUGAUGAGAGCUAUGAGGGAGGGUACACAGAUGAGGAUCAAUACUAUGACCAGACUACCGACACCGACCACGAGGCGUACAGUGCAGAACAAAGAGCAUCUUACGGACACUCCGAGCAAUACGAGCCACAAGGAUACCAAUAUCAAGACCAGUAUGCACAGCAAGGCUACGAAGAUCAAGAUGUUGGCUAUCAGCAAGAAAAUACCUAUGCUCAGACACGUAGGGAGUCAUCAGCAGGAAACUACAGUAGAGAGCAUGCUCAGACAACAACAAAGCCGUAUCCUCUCAGCUAUCAAGGGAGCUACAAAGCAAGAACAGAGCAUCAUGUAGGGGGAGUAGUACCGAGUGCAUCCUUUCGUAAACCACUUGAAAAAGAUGAGUACAAAGUCGAUAUAAGAGCAAGAGUUAGAGCACUAGAAGUUGGACAAAACUUCCAACAAUUUACAGAACCUACGAUGAUCUCAACACAAGAAAAUCUUCCAAUCGAGUUAUCACUCCCAAACUACGAAGCUGUUAAGGCAGCACACGCGGCACGAAUUGGAGAGCCCAUGUACACACACCCUGGGGGAUACAAGUUCAGAAUUGACCUCUGGGCCAACGGAAAAGGAGUGGGUGUCAACACACACAUUUCCAUUACCGUUCAGUCCUUAGAAGGAGAAAAUAACGACAAUUUGAAAUUCCCGGCAAAAUUCAGUGUUACCCUCGAGCUACUCAACCAGUAUAGCGACUACAACCAUCAUGUGAGGGAAAUUGCAUGCUUCUAUCAUGAUGGGAGCUACAAUACUGAGAUUGGUCGUGAUUUCAAGUUUAUUCCAAAGGAAGAUGUCUACUGGAAUGCAGAGAGAAGGACACAGUAUGUACUGAAUGACGUUCUGAGGUUUAGGGUGACUAAAAUAACACUGAUUUAAAGAAAAGCGCUGAAUAUGCUCAAUAGAACAAUAGACUAUAUACUGUAGAAGUACAUUUUACAGGUAAAACAAUUAACUACGUAGUGUGUUCUCAAUUUUAAGUGCUUUCUAAAUGGCAGCAUACAACUGUA